UCGUCGUCGAUUUUAAUUCUGUGGCACUUGCUUUUUUCGACUUGCACAGUACACCACGGCGAGGGAGUAGAAACCUAGGAAAAAUGGCCAGCCAGACGCAGGGAAUCCAGCAAUUGCUUGCUGCUGAGAAAAAGGCAGCCGAGAAGGUCGCCGAGGCCCGUAAACGCAAGGCAAGGAGAUUGAAGCAGGCCAAGGACGAGGCUACCGAGGAGAUCGAGAAAUUCCGUCAGGAGCGCGAGCGCGCCUUCAAGGAGUUCGAGGCCAAGCACAUGGGCAGCCGCGAGGGGGUGGCGGCCAAGAUCGAUGCCGACACUCGCGUCAAGCUGGCUGAUAUGGAUCGGGCCAUCCAGACUCGCAAGGAACCUGUGAUCCAGGAGAUCCUGCAGUACGUCUACAACAUCUCGCCCGAGGUCCACAAGAACUACAACCACAAGUAAACGGUGGCCAAUGUGUGCUGUAAAUUCAAUGUCCACGUUCAACUCUAAUCCAUAAUUUAGACCCGUAAUAAUAGUGGUUACCAUACCGAAAACACUGCUGUAUUAUUAUUCCAUACAUUAAAGUGAAAAUUCGUUGUUGUUCCAUGUAAAAAUAGCGAGAAUAUUAGUUUUGUCUCCCAUCCGCUCGGGAAUGUAUUAUCUUUGUUUUAUGUUUUGCCCAAUACACGUUGUUGUUAUAUCUGAAAA